GACAAAAAAAAAAACUCCUUGGGGACAGAAGACUUGUUACAAAAGAUUUCGUGCAGUAGUAGCAGUUAGGCGCACCUUUGAUACACUGUAAAUGAACCCUCCGUAGCAUUGGCUCUCAAUUGAUUUAAUUCAUUUUGCUCCAAAGGGAGAACCAGAGGCCAGGUUUGGUAAGGUUUUGCUGCGGGAACCUCAGGACAUCGGUCUUAGAAGUUUGAGAGGAUGCUAGUAGCAAGAGAGAAGUUCUCGCCCUGAAGAGCUCACAGCUGUGUUUGAAGAAAGAAAUCAUCUGUUUAUCUUCCGAAGAGAAGAGAGGGUUUCGGUGCAUCACCACGCGAAGACCGAAAAGGUGCCGUGAGCCACGAUGGGCAACUUCAAGGGUCACGCCUUGCCUGGCAGCUUCUUCCUGAUCGCAGGGCUGUGGUGGACAGUGAAGUCCUCGCUCUGGCACACUACCAGACGCAACAAGAGCACAGUGCCCCUGGCCAGCAGGGCCGUGCAGCGCCGCCUGGAGGUCAUUGAGGCGGCUGUCAUCCUGGCCUUUGCCCUGAUUGAAGAGAAUCCUGGGUCUCUCUGUUCUUCACGCCCUCUCCCUCCUCUGCCAGGGUUCCUGUUCCUGUACCACCUGCACGGCCGGGACAUGCUGGACGUCCACGUCCACCAGCUGCUGCUCUAUGCCAUCUUUGGGGGGGCUCUCACCACCUUCCUGGAAGUCUUCCAGCGGGGAAACAUCCUGCUGGAGCUGCUGCGUGCCAGCCUGAGUCUGCUGCAGGGGAGCUGGUUCUGGCAGAUCGGCUUUGUCCUGUACCCCCCCAGCGGGCUGGCGGAGUGGGACCUGAAGGACCACAACAACAUGAUGUUCAUCACCAUGUGCUACUGCUGGCACUUCGCCUUCGCCCUGGUCACUGUGGCUGUCGUCUACUCCACCGUGUGCUGGGUGACGCGCUCCCGUCUGAGACAGACCCCCCCACUGGAGAUGGGCCUGCUGAAGACGGCCGAGAGAGAGCUGGAGUCUGAGGAUGAAAUGUAGGCCUGAGCUCGGGAGAGAGAGGUGAAAGAAGAUUCACUGACUGGUCCUCCCUUUCCAUAUGACAGGAAUACUGACCCACCUGGCCCACCCCACACCCUAGGACACCCCUUUCCCAGGAAAAGCAGUAGAAAGCACAGAUUGUGUUCCCUGAACUACAGGAACCUUCCGGCACCGUACCUGACCACUCCUCUCACAUAAUGAAAGACAACACCAAAAGACAACAGAGAAACUACAGUGGAGGAAGAGGCAGUGAAAGGUCAUCAGAAAGGAGGAACGGGCCAAUCCAUUAUACAACAACAGAACCAAAGCCCUGAUCUCUCCGUCUGCCUCCUCCAGUGAUUCUGUCAGAGUGGAACGAGUUUUCUUCUUGUGCUCCAAUUGUCCUGGCAUUUCAGUUUUCACAAGAAGCUGAGUUUGAAAAGUUUUUAAAGUCCCCCCCCCCGACUUUUAACUGAAAUAGUUUUAGUUUUAACUGAAAAGCCAGGACGACGGCCUAUUGCUUUUCCCUCCCAAGAUUCAUUUAGUUUAGAAAUUAUAAGCGUGAUGCUUCCAUCUAGUGGCGAAUACUGGCAUUGACGUUAGUUGUUCGACGAAAGGAUAUUACGUCUUUCAACUCAUAUAUUGUGAACAGGGUUGUAAUUUAAAAAUUAACAUGCACAUAAUACUGAACAUUAAUAACAAUACAGAUAUAUAUAUAUUUAUAAACAGGAAAUAUGGUGGGUGUGUAGAGGUGCUGUAGUGCCUAAACAAUUAUUUGUACUGUAUUCAAAUGCUGACAUAAUUUUGCAUUUAGGUAUGAAUAUAUAUAUUCACUUUUCCUUAGCUGAAUCAUGUUUCAUGAGUGAAAUUAGUGAUGAUGCUCUGUCAAGGCCAGUUCAUGGUGUUUCUCUGUUCAAGAUGACCAAUUAGACUCUGUGCCUUCAUGAAUGCAUGUUCACUGCCAAAUGUGCCCUGCUUUUCUGGAAUUAAGCCUAGCUGUGGUAUAACUGCCUAUCUAAUCACAACAGGUAUACAAUAUUGUAGAUACAUUUCUUACGCAACAGCUGAAGAGGAACUUAGAGCCGAAAUGCCCUGAAACAAAUGAUUUAAAAAAUAUAUAUUUAAACCCAGUGUACAACGAUAAAAACGUCCUUCUUCAGAAUUUUUGUUUCACUACAGUCAAGCUCCCCAUCUCUGUAAGCUGUCCAUUAGUUGAUCUCUCCAUUCAUUCAUCUGAUCUGCUUUCCAGUGGGUUACUGUGCUUCUGGGAAAGUUGGGGAAAAAUUAACUUUUUGUAUUGCUGGAUAAAAAACGUUUGAUCACCACCCUGAAGCAACACAAAGCAGAGACAGUGAGGCAGAGCUUGGGUACGACUGAGUGGUUGGGUGACCUAGGAGACCUUAAAACCUUUUCCCAGUCACAGUGACAUCAUUAAUGCAGUACAAGGAUGAGAAUAUGAAGCCAAUGAAUUUUGACUUGGUAGUGGGAUAGUGUAGCGACCUAAUGUUCAGUGCAGCUUCCACAGCUCUUGGGUUCCAGGUUUGAUCUGAACCUGUGGUACCUUCGUGUGGAGUUUGCAUGUUCUCAUUGUGUCCCUGUGGGUUUUCUCCAGCUGCUCCCAUUUCCUCCCACCCAGUGCCUUAGCUUGUAAAUGUGUUAUUGCAGCCAUUGUAAAUGAGUACAUUUAAAACUGAAGCUGUUGACAGAAUGAUCAGAGGAAAAGGGAAAUAUGUGAGACUGUCUUUUUACUAAUGUGUAAAUGAGACAUAUUACCUGGGAUGAAGACAUAAAGCUUUAUUUUGCAUAGCUCCUAAAUAUAUUCUAAUCCUAAAUAAUUUAUUUAUACAUUUGAAUUGCAUGUUGAUAAAAACAGUGUUGAAAGCCAAAGACCAACAAGCCUUUUAUAUGUUGAUAUUUAUAUACCAAAGGUUCUCAGUCUUUUCAGGGAGAGGAAUCCCCCUUUCAAGAAAUUGCUCUCAAAUAACCCCAGAUACUAAAGCUAUCAAUGAGGAAUGGCAUUAAUUGCAAAGUCUUCGAACAUCAGGUGCAAUAGCAGAUUGACCGUGCCUGAGUGUCGAUUUAACAUGCUGUUGAAACUGGCGGUGAGACGCCUCCUUUUGUUUCUGGGGGACCCCACACUGGACUUGGAGGACCCCCGAAGAUCCCCUCAGAUCACGUCUUAGCUGCAGUAAACAGUGAGAAGUCCGGUACUGUGAAUAGCGAACCUUCGUCCUUAUUUAUUCUCUUCAUAAAGGGUGAAAUGUCUGUGAGGAACUUAGUCUUUCAGCUCAGUUUGUAAUUCUGUCUUUGCUGUGAGUGUUACUGCAAGUGUGUCCGUACCUACAGUCCACUUUAUUCCCACAGUGCUGUUGAAGGAACUGCUAGUUUGCUGGCUGAAACACAGCCUUGCAAAGGACAAAGUGAGGAAGUCACACUGAUCUUUGCAGUGCAAGUGAAGAAGGAAGCCAAAGAGGUGUUUCCUUAUAAACACGAGUAAAAUGACUCACUUCCCUUUACUGCCCUGCUCAAUGAGCCCACUGCUUAAUUUUGAUUUCUUUAAACAUUUACCUUUUCUCAUAUUUUUAUUGAAAUGGACCCACGUGCAGUCUUUCAUUCUGCGCAAGAGUUUUUAGAGAUCAAGAUGAGAUUUUGUAGGGACAGCCUGAAGUGCUCUUAAUGGACCCUCUGCUAUCACACCCUUCAGCUGAUGUAAAGAACCUUCUCCCUGCUACAUCACGCAUUACCGAGUGUAUUUUUCCGUUCUUUCUAGAUCUUACUCUGUCUUGCUUUUCGUACAAUGAUAUUUAUUGCUCUCCAUUCUUUCCGCAGCCGUUUCAGCUCUGUCAUGUGAUCGCUGAGCAGUUCAAACGCUGAUGGUACAAAAAAAAGUGCAAAUUUUUGGAACUUCAGUGAUCACGUGUUUUUCAACCAGGGUCGUUUGUUAAAACGUUUGAUUCCGAAAAUGCCAAUAAAGUCUUACUGAAACCUUC